CAAGGCUGGACUCACAUUCAAACACCUCCUGUACCUAUGGAUGUCACAGUGGAGAGGGUACUUGCUCCGAUCCACCCUCACCUGCAGAGUGUAAGAAACACAGGAAACACGCAAAUCACUAGCCUGUGUUUCUGGCACUUCUUCGCACAGACUUGUGGGAAGCGUAGUCUUCCGCUGCAUCGCUUCACCCGGAGCCAUUGUGGAAACCGCACUUCCGCAUUGCCUUCGCGCUGGUGCGUUUUCUUGCAAAGUUGGUCGGUUCUUGAGUCCUGCUCCGCGCUCGGGUUGCGUCGCUGACAUGGAGGUUGGUCCAGGGCGCCGCGCACCUCUGCAGGAAAUGCUGUCAUUCAGGGAUGUGGCCAUUGACUUCUCUGCAGAAGAGUGGGAAUGCUUGGAGCCUGCUCAGUGGAAUUUGUACAGGGAUGUGAUGUUGGAGAAUUACAGCAACCUUGUCUUCCUGGGUCUUGCUUUCCCUAAGCCAUACCUGGUCACGUUUCUGGAGCAAAGACAAGAGCCUUCAGAUGUGACAAGACCAGCAGCAGCCACCAUGCACGCAGAUAUAAAACCAUAUACAUGUAAAGAAUGUGGCAAAGCCUGUGAAUGGAACUCACUCCUUGAACACCAGACAGUGUAUCCAGGAGAGAAAGCUUAUAAGUGUGAAGAAUGUGGUAAGGCUUCUGGUUCUUGCUCAGUACCUUCUGAACACCAGAUAAUUGAUAUAGGAGAGACAUCCUACAAGUGUGAAGAAUGUGGCAAAGUCAUUUGUAUUUGCUCAGAAAAUUCUAGCUACCAGAGAAUUUGUAGUGGAGAGAAUCACUACAAGUGUGAAGAAUGUGGAAAAACCUUUUUUACUCAAUCAUGUCUUACUCAGCACGAGGUAGAACACACUGGACAGAAAUUCUAUAACUGUGAAGAAUGUGGGAAACUGUUUUAUUGUCCUUCUCAACUUACAGAACAUCAAAAAAUUCAUUCUCAAGAGAAUCCCUUUAAGAUUGAGGUAUGUAGUGAGGUCUUUUGUGUUCCCAUAGAACUUUCUGAGGACCAGAGAUUUUGUACUGAAGAGAAGCCCUAUAAAUAUGAAGACUGUGUCAAGGCCUUUACUGCUUGCUCAGGACUGUCUGAACACCCAAGGAUUCAUCCAGGAGAGAAAGCCUACAAGUGUGAAGAAUGUGGUAAUGCCUUUUGUACACUCCAUUCAGUAUCUAAACACCUGAAAAUUCAUUGUGAAGUGAAAUCCUACAAGUGUGAAGAAUGUGGGAAAGCCUUUGCUAGUCAUCUUUCCCUGAUUCAGCAUAAGAUAGGUCAUACCCGAGAGAAACCUUACCAAUGUGAAGAAUGUGGCAAAAUGUUUUACUGUACUUCAAACCUUAAACAACAUCAAAUAACUCAUUCUCAAGAGAAACCCUACAAGUGUGAAGUAUGUGGCAAGGUUUUUAGAACUUGCUGGCAACUUUCUAAACAUCUAAGAAUCCAUUCUGGAGAGAAACCGUACAAGUGUGAGGAAUGUGGCAAAGCCUUUUAUACUCUCUCAUAUCUUACUCAGCAC